AUGCUGCGAGGGCCCCGGGCCCUGGCUCCGGCCACCGGGCCGACCCCAAAGGGGCUGCCGGUGAUGAGUCCUAGCGAGCUGUGGCCGCCAGGCCUUGGCAGCCCCCAGCUCUGCUCAGCCGCCACCACCUACUAUACUUCGCUAUACCAGCAGACGGUGCCCCCCGCCACGGCACCCGGCACCUGCCUCGACGCCACCCCCCAUGGACCAGAGGGCCAAGCAGUGAGAUGUGUGCCCGCAGGCCGUCUGCCGGCCAAGAGGAAGCUGGAUCUGGAGGGGAUCGGGCGGCCUGCAGUCCCUGAAUUCCGGACCCCUAAGGGGAAGUGCAUCCGAGUGGACGGCCUCCCCAGCCCUAAAACUCCCAAGUCCCCCGGGGAGAAGACACGGUAUGACACGUCCCUGGGACUGCUCACCAAGAAGUUCAUUUACCUCCUGAGCGAGUCGGAGGAUGGCGUCCUGGACCUGAACUGGGCUGCCGAGGUGCUGGACGUGCAGAAGCGACGCAUCUAUGACAUCACCAACGUGCUGGAGGGCAUCCAGCUCAUCCGCAAGAAGGCCAAGAACAACAUCCAGUGGGUAGGCAGGGGGCUGCUUGAAGACCCCACGCGGCCUAAGAAGCAGCAGCAGCUGGGCCAGGAGCUGAAGGAGCUGACGAGCACGGAGCAGGCCUUGGACCAGCUCAUCCAGAGCUGUUCUCUGAGCUUCAAGCACUUGACCGAAGACAAGACCAACAAGAGACUGGCCUACGUGACUUACCAGGACCUCCGGGCUGUCGGCAACUUCAAGGAGCAGACGGUGAUCGCGGUCAAGGCUCCUCCGCAGACGAGGCUGGAAGUGCCCGACAAGAAUGAGGAGAAUCUGCAGCUCUACCUGAAGAGCACUCAAGGGCCCAUAGAAGUCUACCUGUGCCCGGAGGAGGUGCAGGAGCCAGACAGCCCUGCCAAGGAGCCGCUCUCUUCCACCUCCACCGUUGACCCCAGCUCUGACUCAGGCGAGCCUGGCAGCUGUGCCAGCCCCGGAAUCGUGGAAACCGAACCUGCCUCAGUGCUUCCUCAGCAGGUCCUGCAGUCGCCCCUGGUCCCCCUGGAAGCCACGGACAGCAUGUUGGAUCUGCCACACCCACUCCUGCAGCAGACCGAGGACCAGUUCCUGUCCCCAACGCUGGCGUGCAGCUCCCCGUUGGUCAGCUUCUCCCCGUCCCUGGAUCAAGAGGACUACCUGUGGGGCCUGGACUGCGGAGAGGGCAUCAGCGACCUCUUUGACUCUUAUGACCUUGGGGACCUGCUGAUUAACUGAGUCACCCUGCCUGUCCCCAGCUGCCCUGCCCCUGUCUCUACCUCCUCAUGGACAGACUGACAGAUCUUCUGCCCACACAGGGACGUUGGACAUGAGGUGCUGCCCUGAGGGCAUGGGGGUGGGGGGAGAGGUCACUGCUCCUUUCCCACGCCCUGUCAGCAGAAGCUGCUUGGAGGGCUUUGGAGGAGGCAGCCGAGGGGUGUUAUCAGGGGUUCGGGUCCUUCCCCUUCCUAAUGGGAGCCGGUCCCGGCUCCUCUCGUCUUCUGACCUCAGACCUCUCACAGAAGGGCCACAGGCGAGGAGACCGGGUCGGGAAAAGGCCUUCCGGUUCCUUUUGAGGGGUCAUUAGGGCCCUCCGUUUAUUAAGAAGCACUUAAUGCCUUUGUAUUUA